AUGGAGUUGGAAUCUAUCAAAGUCAUAAACCAAGAUACGGUGAAGUUGGAUCGGUUUGAUGGAAAUAACUUCUUCCAUUGGCAAGACAAGAUGCUGUUUCUCUUGACUGCACUGAAGAUCUCUUACGUCCUGGAUCCUAAUCUUCCAACAAUUGAAGAUCCAAUACCCACUACUGAUGGUGGGCAACCCUUUGCAGAAGAAAUUGAAAGGGUUCAAAAGGAGAGAAAGAAACGUGAAGAAAAUGAGCUGCUGUGUCGUGGACAUAUUCUGAACACUUUGUCUGAUCAUCUAUACGAUCUGUUCACAGAUGUUAAGCCUCCAAGAGACAUACGAAAUGCACUAAAGUACAAGUACAAGGCUGAAGAAGAAGGUACGAAUAAGUUUCUGAUUUCUAAAUAUUUUGAUUUCAAAAUUGUUGAUGAUAAACCUAUUCUUGAGCAAGUCCAUGAAUUGCAAGUGCUUGUGAACAAGAUUUGUGCCCAGAAAACUGUACUUCCUGAAUCCUUCCAAGUUGGGGCAAUUAUAUCAAAGUUACCACCUUCUUGGAAAGAUUAUCAGAAGAAAUUAAUGCGCAAGGCAGAGGACUUUACUUUGGAACAGAUUCAGAAACAUCUUCGGAUUGAAGAAGAGACUCAUUCUCGUUAA